AUGGCUGGUAAUUUCUGGCAAAGUUCUCAUCAUCAACAAUGGAUAUUAGACAAACAAGAUCUUAUACGAGAUCGUCAACACGAUUUGGGAAUACUGUCCGAAGAGGAAUAUCAAAAAAUAUUCAACUUCUUUGCUAGCAUAAUUCAGGUUUUGGGUGAACAGUUAAAACUUCGUCAACAAGUUAUAGCCACAGCUACAGUAUACUUCAAAAGAUUUUAUGCAAGAAAUUCUUUAAAAUGUAUUGAUCCGUUGCUAUUAGCACCAACAUGUGUGUUCCUUGCUUCCAAAGUGGAAGAAUUUGGUGUUAUCUCAAACUCACGGCUAAUAACUACUUGCCAAACAGUAAUUAAAAACAAAUUUAGUUAUGCAUACGGUCAGCAGGAAUUUCCUUAUAGAACCAAUCACAUUUUAGAAUGUGAGUUUUAUUUAUUGGAAAAUUUAGACUGCUGCUUGAUUGUUUACCAGCCAUACAGACCUCUAUUGUUGUUUGUACAAGAUAUUGGACAGGAUGACCAGCUAUUGACUUAUGCUUGGAGAAUUGUAAAUGAUUCACUGAGAACUGAUGUCAGCUUGUUAUACCCGCCUUAUCAGAUAGCAAUAGCUGCACUACAUAUUGCAUGUGUGAUGCUGAGCAAGGAAAACCAUAAGCCAUGGUUUGCUGAACUCAAUGUUGACAUGGACAAGAUCCAAGAGAUAGUGAGGUCUAUCAUCAAUUUAUAUGAGAUGUGGAAGAGCUACGAUGAGAAGAAGGAAAUACAAGCUUUGUUAGUUAAGAUGCCCAAACCAAAGCCAGCACCCCAAAGAUAA